UACUAUUUGACUCUGUUUAUGUUUGUUACAGUUUUAAUAUCGGAAAUGGUAGAGAACGGCGACCUUAGUAAUAAAGUCCUUAAGAUUACAGACUUUGGCCUGGCAAGGGAAUGGCACAGAACCACCAAAAUGAGUGCUGCAGGGACCUAUGCCUGGAUGGCGCCAGAGGUUAUUCGUUCUUCUAUGUUCUCGAAGGGAAGCGAUGUAUGGAGGUAUGUGUUCUUGAAACCCUAGUCUUUGCAUAUUUUCCAGUAUGUGAUAAAAUGCUACUCAUUUCAAUUAUUCUCAAUUACAAGUGAAAUUCUGUACAUUAGGGUAUCUGCAUGACUCCACAACAUUCCAUACUUAAUAAAGAUCGUUACCGCCUUUAGCAUAAUAACCUCAGAGGAUGUUAUUCACUUUGCAAGGUUGUUUGCUUGAUAGCCAUUCCACUAUUUCUCUGUAUGUGAACACCUCCAGUAAUAGUGAUUCAGCAUGAUACUUUAUACUGUAUGUAUCUGAUGCACAUGCAGCUUCCUAGCCUGGCCUCUUUCAAGGGACACUAUAGUCACCAGAACUACAGCUUUUUGUAUUUGUUCUGGUGUGUAUAAUCAUUCCCUUCAGGCUUUUUGCAGUAAACACUGUAUUUUCAGAGAAAAGGCAGUGUUUACAUUACAGCCUAGUGAUACCUCCACUGGUCACUCCUCAUAUGGCUACUAGAGGUGCUUCCUGGGGCAUUUCUGCACAGUGUGCAUCACUGACAUUCAGUGUCUCCACCCUCUGCAUUAGGACACUGAACUUUUCUCAUAGAAUUUAUUCCAUGCAUCUCUAUGAGCCAGGGCUGUUGUUUGGCUUGUGUUGGUUCUGCCCCUGAUCUGCCUCCUUGACAAGCUCAGCAAAUCCAAUGUUUUCCUAGGCUCAGAUCAUAUCUUCUGAUGAUGUCAGCCAAGCAAGCAGAUCAGGUGCAUUGCCAGCAGCAGCAGAGUCGAAUAAAAGUAAGAUUUUACUAUAUUUCUGGGGGGUAGGGAGGCUAGAUUGUGGUGUUAACACUAUAGGUUCAGGAAUACAUGUUUUUGUUCCUGACCCAAUAGUGUUCCUUCAACACAAUCCAAGGUGAUACAGAUCUGUAUUACUUCCCUGGAAACAGAUGCCAAAAUACCAGAGUACAGCAGUAUUCAAUGAUAACUUUUUUUAUUGGACUAACAUUAUACUAAAGAUGAGCUUUUGAGAGUUUCCCUCUUUUCUCAGGUGUGAAGCAAUACUUUUAUGUUAGUCUAAUAAAAAAGUUAUCAUUGUAUACAUAUAUAUACACUACCAAUGACUACCCAGUGCUUGUCAGAAAAAAUAGAAACGUCCAGUGUAUAGAUAGCACUUUCAGGCAGUCUCAAGCGAAAGUUAUUUAAAACAUAGCUUUUAUAUGCUCAAAUAAAAUAGUCAAUGUUUCAGUGUCAUCAGUAAAACUUUCAUAGGGAUAUCAUCCUGAGCAAAUAAUAACUAGGUUAUAAAUAACUUCUGCUAGUUUGCUAGAGAGAGCCUGAGAGGGCCAUCUAUAAACUGGAGACAUGUUUAAAGGGACACUAUAGUCAUAACUUUUUUGACUUCAAACAUUAUUUUAAAGUAGUGAUUACUAAGCAUGUAUAAUCGUUCAAUGUCCUCUUCCCCUGUCUCUUUUGAGGUUCCCUGUCAUAUGUCCUCUUUUCCUAUCCUCUUUGAGGUUCCCUGUCAAAUUCUUGGUUGCUUUAUCUGUCCUGCAUGAUGUUCACUGUCCAAUUUGUGUCAUUUGCCUCCCAUCCCUCUUAAUAUUACCUGUCCAGUGUGUGUCCUCUUCUUCCCAUACCUCUUGGUGUUACCUAUCCAGUGUGUGUCCUCUUACACCUUCUCUCUUGAUGUUACCUGUCCAGUUUGUGUCCUCUUACACCCAUCCCUCUUGAUGUUACCUGUGCAGUGUGUGUCCUCUUCCACCCAUCCCUCUUGAUGUUACCUGUCCAGUGUGUGUCCUCUUCCUCCCAUCUCUCUUAAUGUUACCUGUGCAGUGUGUGUCCUCUUAAACCCAUCCCUCUUGAUGUUACCUGUCCAGUGUGUGUCCUCUUCCUCCCAUCUCUCUUGAUGUUACCUGUCCAGUGUGUGUCCUCUUCCACCCUCUCUCUUGAUGUUACCUGUGCAGUGUGUGUCCUCUUCCACCCAUCCCUCUUGCUGUUACCUGUCCAGUGUGUGUCCUCUUCCUCCCAUCCCUCUUGAUGUUACCUGUGCAGUGUGUGUCCUCUUCCACCCAUCCCUCUUGAUGUUACCUGUCCAGUGUGUGUCCUCUUCCACCCAUCGCUCUUGAUGUUACCUGUCCAGUGUGUGUCCUCUUCCUUCCAUCCUUCUUGAUGUUACCUGUCCAGGGUGUGUCCUCUUCCUCCCAUCUCUCUUGAGGUUACCUAUCCAGUGUGUGUCCUCUUACACCCUCUCUCUUGAUGUUAUCUGUCCAGUGUGUGUCCUCUUCCUCCCAUCUCUCUUAAUGUUACCUGUCCAGGGUGUGUCCUCUUCCACCCAUCCCUCUUGGUGUUACCUGUCCAGGGUGUGUCCUCUUCCACCCAUCCCUCUUGAUGUUACCUGUCCAGUGUGUGUCCUCUUCCUCCCAUUCCUCUUGAUGUUACCUGUCCAGUGUGUGUCCUCUUCCACCCUAUCUCUUGAUGUUACCUGUGCAGUGUGUGUCCUCUUCCACCCAUCCCUCUUGCUGUUACCUGUCCAGUGUGUGUCCUCUUCCUCCCAUCCCUCUUGAUGUUACCUGUGCAGUGUGUGUCCUCUUCCACCCAUCCCUCUUGAUGUUACCUUUCCAGUGUGUGUCCUCUUCCACCCAUCCCUCUUGAUGUUACCUGUCCAGUGUGUGUCCUCUUCUUUCCAUCCCUCUUGGUGUUACCUGUCCAGGGUGUGUCCUCUUCCUCCCAUCUCUCUUGAGGUUACCUAUCCAGUGUGUGUCCUCUUCCACCCUCUCUCUUGAUGUUACCUAUGCAGUGUGUGUCCUCUUCCUCCCAUCCCUCUUGCUGUUACCUGUCCAGUGUGUGUCCUCUUCCACCCAUCCCUCUUGAUGUUACCUGUGCAGUGUGUGUCCUCUUCCACCCAUCCCUCUUGAUGUUAUCUGUCCAGUGUGUGUCCUCUUCCUCCCAUUCCUCUUGAUGUUACCUGUCCAGUGUGUGUCCUCUUCCUCCCAUCCCUAUUGAUGUUACCUGUCCAGUUUGUGUUCUCUUCCACCCAUCCCUCUUGAUGUUACCUGUGCAGUGUGUGUCCUCUUCCACCCAUCCCUCUUGAUGUUACCUGUGCAGUGUGUGUCCUCUUCCACCCAUCCCUCUUGAUGUUACCUGUCCAGUGUGUGUCCUCUUCCUCCCAUCCCUCUUGAUGUUACCUGUCCAGUGUGUGUCCUCUUCCUCCCAUCCCUAUUGAUGUUACCUGUCCAGUUUGUGUCCUCUUCCUCCCAUCCCUAUUGAUGUUACCUUUCCAGUGUGUGUCCUCUUCCAUCCAUCCCUCUUGCUGUUACCUGUCCAGUGUGUGUCCUCUUCCUCCCAGCUCUCUUAAUGUUACCUUUCCAGUGUGUGUCCUCUUCCUCCCAGCUCUCUUAAUGUUGCCUGUCCAGUGUGUGUCCUCUUCCUCCCAUCCCUCUUGAUGUUACCUGUGCAGUGUGUGUCCUCUUCCACCCAUCCCUCUUGAUGUUACCUGUGCAGUGUGUGUCCUCUUCCACCCAACUCUUGAUGUUACCUGUCCAGUGUGUGUCCUCUUCCACCCUCUCUAUUGAUGUUACCUGUGCAGUGUGUGUCCUCUUCCAUCCAUCCCUCUUGCUGUUACCUGUCCAGUGUGUGUCCUCUUCCUCCCAGCUCUCUUAAUGUUACCUUUCCAGUGUGUGUCCUCUUCCUCCCAUCUCUCUUAAUGUUGCCUGUCCAGUGUGUGUCCUCUUCCUCCCAUCCCUAUUGAUGUUACCUGUCCAGUUUGUGUCCUCUUCCAUCCAUCCCUCUUGAUGUUACCUGUGCAGUGUGUGUCCUCUUCCACCCAUCCCUCUUGAUGUUACCUGUCCAGUGUGUGUCCUCUUCCUCCCAUUCCUCUUGAUGUUACCAGUCCAGUGUGUGUCCUCUUCCUCCCAUCCCUAUUGAUGUUACCUGUCCAGUUUGUGUUCUCUUCCACCCAUCCCUCUUGAUGUUACCCGUGCAGUGUGUGUCCUCUUCCACCCAUCCCUCUUGAUGUUACCUGUCCAGUGUGUGUCCUCUUCCUCCCAUCCCUCUUGAUGUUACCUGUCCAGUUUGUGUCCUCUUCCACCCAUCCCUCUUGAUGUUACCUGUGCAGUGUGUGUCCUCUUCCACCCAACCCUCUUGAUGUUACCUGUGCAGUGUGUGUCCUCUUCCACCCUCUCUCUUGAUGUUACCUGUGCAGUGUGUGUCCUCUUCCACCCAUCCCUCUUGAUGUUACCUGUGCAGUGUGUGUCCUCUUCCACCCAUCCCUCUUGGUGUUACAUGUGCAAUGUGUGUCCUCUUCCACCCAUCUCUCUUGAUGUUACCUGUCCAGUGUUUGACCUAUUCCACCCAUCCCUAUUGAUGUUACCUGUCCAGUGUGUGUCCUCUUCCACCCACCCCUCUUGAUGUUACCUGUCCAGUUUGUGUCCUCUUCCACCCAUCCCUCUUGAUGUUACCUGUGCAAUGUGUGUCCUCUUCCACCCAUCCCUCUUGAUGUUACCUGUGCAGUGUGUGUCCUCUUCCACCCAUCCCUCUUGAUGUUACCUGUCCAGUGUGUGUCCUCUUCCUCCCAUCCCUCUUGAUGUUACCUGUCCAGUGUGUGUCCUCUUCCUCCCAUCCCUAUUGAUGUUACCUGUCCAGUUUGUGUCCUCUUCCUCCCAUCCCUAUUGAUGUUACCUUUCCAGUGUGUGUCCUCUUCCACCCAUCCCUCUUGAUGUUACCUGUCCAGUGUGUGUCCUCUUCCACCCUCUCUCUUGAUGUUACCUGUGCAGUGUGUGUCCUCUUCCAUCCAUCCCUCUUGCUGUUACCUGUCCAGUGUGUGUCCUCUUCCUCCCAGCUCUCUUAAUGUUACCUUUCCAGUGUGUGUCCUCUUCCAUCCAUCCCUCUUGCUGUUACCUGUCCAGUGUGUGUCCUCUUCCUCCCAGCUCUCUUAAUGUUACCUUUCCAGUGUGUGUCCUCUUCCUCCCAGCUCUCUUAAUGUUGCCUGUCCAGUGUGUGUCCUCUUCCUCCCAUCCCUAUUGAUGUUACCUGUCCAGUUUGUGUCCUCUUCCACCCAUCCCUCUUGAUGUUACCUGUGCAGUGUGUGUCCUCUUCCACCCAUCCCUCUUGAUGUUACCUGUGCAGUGUGUCCCCUCUUCCACCCUCCCUCUUGAUGUUACCUGUGCAGUGUGUGUCCUCUUCCACCCAUCCCUCUUGAUGUUACCUGUGCAGUGUGUGUCCUCUUCCACCCAUCCCUCUUGAUGUUACAUGUGCAAUGUGUGUCCUCUUCCACCCAUCCCUUCUGAUGUUACCUGUCCAGUGUUUAAUCAUUCCACCCAUCCCUUUGAUGCUACUUCCGUCCAGUGUGUGUCCUCUUCCAGCCUCUCUUGAUAUUACCUGUCCAGGGUGUGUCCUCUUCCAUCCAUCCCUCUUGCUGUUACCUGUCCAGUGUGUGUCCUCUUCCUCCCAUCCCUCUUGAUGUUACCUGUCCAGUUUGUGUCCUCUUCCACCCAUCCCUCUUGAUGUUACCUGUGCAGUGUGUGUCCUCUUCCACCCAUCCCUCUUGAUGUUACCUGUGCAGUGUGUGUCCUCUUCCACCCAUCCCUCUUGAUGUUACAUGUGCAAUGUGUGUCCUCUUCCACCCAUCCCUCUUGAUGUUACCUGUCCAGUGUGUGACCUAUUCCACCCAUCCCUAUUGAUGUUACCUGUCCAGUGUGUGUCCUCUUCCAGCCUCUCUCUUGAUAUUACCUGUCCAGGGUGUGUCCUCUUCCUCCCAUUCCUCUUGAUGUUACCUGUCCAGUGUGUGUCCUCUUCCACCCAUCCCUCUUGAUGUUCCCUGUCCAGUGUGUUUCCUCUUCCCCCCUCUCUCUUGAUGUUACCUGUGCAGUGUUUGUCCUCUUCCACCCAUCCCUCUUGAUGUUACCUGUCCAGUCUGUGUCCUCUUUCUAUUUACUUCUUGAGGUUCUCUGUCAAGAUUGUACACUUUUUCCUGUGCCCCUCUUUAUAUUCCAUGUCCAGUUUGUGUUCUCUUCCACCCAUCCCUCUUGAUGUUACCUGUGCAGUGUGUGUCCUCUUCCACCCAUCUCUCUUGAUGUUACCUGUCCAGUGUGUGUCCUCUUCCUCCCAUCCCUUUGGCUGAUGUGCUACCUGUCCAGUUUGUGUUCUUCCACUCCAUCCCUCUGGGAUGCCACCUGCGGCAGUGUGUGUCCUUCCACCUAAUUCCUCUUGAUGCUACUUUGUCCAGUGUGUCCUUCUUCCCCUCCCAUCCCUAUUGGGAUGUUAGCCUUCCUGUCCAGUUUUGUGUCCUUCUUCCACCUAUCCUCUUGAUGUUACCUUGCAGGUGUGUCCUUCCACCCAUCCUCUGAUGUUACCUUGCAGUGUGUCCUCUUUCCACCUCUCUUGAUGUUACCUGUGCAGUGUGUGUCCUCUUCCACCCAUCCCUCUUGAUGUUACCUGUGCAGUGUGUGUCCUCUUCCACCCAUCCCUCUUGGUGUUACAUGUGCAAUGUGUGUCCUCUUCCACCCAUCUCUCUUGAUGUUACCUGUCCAGUGUUUGACCUAUUCCACCCAUCCCUAUUGAUGUUACCUGUCCAGUGUGUGUCCUCUUCCAGCCUCUCUUGAUAUUACCUGUCCAGGGUGUGUCCUCUUCCAUCCAUCCCUCUUGCUGUUACCUGUCCAGUGUGUGUCCUCUUCCUCCCAUCCCUAUUGAUGUUACCUGUCCAGUUUGUGUCCUCUUCCAUCCAUCCCUCUUGAUGUUACCUGUGCAGUGUGUGUCCUCUUCCACCCAUCCCUCUUGAUGUUACCUGUCCAGUGUGUGUCCUCUUCCACCCUCUCUAUUGAUGUUACCUGUGCAGUGUGUGUCCUCUUCCAUCCAUCCCUCUUGCUGUUACCUGUCCAGUGUGUGUCCUCUUCCUCCCAGCUCUCUUAAUGUUACCUUUCCAGUGUGUGUCCUCUUCCUCCCAUCUCUCUUAAUGUUGCCUGUCCAGUGUGUGUCCUCUUCCUCCCAUCCCUAUUGAUGUUACCUGUCCAGUUUGUGUCCUCUUCCACCCAUCCCUCUUGAUGUUACCUGUGCAGUGUGUGUCCUCUUCCACCCAUCCCUCUUGAUGUUACCUGUCCAGUGUGUGUACUCUUCCACCCUCUCUCUUGAUGUUACUUGUGCAGUGUGUGUCCUCUUCCACCCAUCCCUCUUGAUUUUACCUGUGCAGUGUGUGUCCUCUUCCACCCAUCCCUCUUGAUGUUACAUGUGCAAUGUGUGUCCUCUUCCACCCAUCCCUCUUGAUGUUACCUGUCCAGUGUUUGACCUAUUCCACCCAUCCCUAUUGAUGUUACCUGUCCAGUGUGUGUCCUCUUCCAGCCUCUCUCUUGAUAUUACCUGUCCAGGGUGUGUCCUCUUCCUCCCAUUCCUCUUGAUGUUACCUGUCCAGUGUGUGUCCUCUUCCACCCAUCCCUCUUGAUGUUCCCUGUCCAGUGUGUUUCCUCUUCCCCCCUCUCUCUUGAUGUUACCUGUGCAGUGUUUGUCCUCUUCCACCCAUCCCUCUUGAUGUUACCUGUCCAGUCUGUGUCCUCUUUCUAUUUACUUCUUGAGGUUCUCUGUCAAGAUUGUACACUUUUUCCUGUGCCCCUCUUUAUAUUCCAUGUCCAGUUUGUGUUCUCUUCCACCCAUCCCUCUUGAUGUUACCUGUGCAGUGUGUGUCCUCUUCCACCCAUCUCUCUUGAUGUUACCUGUCCAGUGUGUGUCCUCUUCCUCCCAUCCCUAUUGAUGUUACCUGUCCAGUUUGUGUUCUCUUCCACCCAUCCCUCUUGAUGUUACCCGUGCAGUGUGUGUCCUCUUCCACCCAUCCCUCUUGAUGUUACCUGUCCAGUGUGUGUCCUCUUCCUCCCAUCCCUAUUGAUGUUACCUGUCCAGUUUGUGUCCUCUUCCACCCAUCCCUCUUGAUGUUACCUGUGCAGUGUGUGUCCUCUUCCACCCAUCCCUCUUGAUGUUACCUGUGCAGUGUGUCCCCUCUUCCACCCUCCUCUUGAUGUUACCUGUGCAGUGUGUGUCCUCUUCCACCCAUCCCUCUUGAUGUUACCUGUGCAGUGUGUGUCCUCUUCCACCCAUCUCAUGUGCAAUGUGUGUCCUCUUCCACCCAUCCCUCUUGAUGUUACCUGUCCAGUGUUUGACCUAUUCCACCCAUCCCUAUUGAUGUUACCUGUCCAGUGUGUGUCCUCUUCCAGCCAUCCACCUGUCCCCUCUUGUGUUACCUGUCCCAGUGUGUGUCCUCUUCCUCCCAUCCCUAUUGAUGUUACCUGUCCAGUUUGUGUCCUCUUCCACCCAUCCCUCUUGAUGUUACCUGUCCAGUGUGUGUCCUCUUCCACCCAUCCCUCUUGAUGUUACCUGUCCAGUGUGUGUCCUCUUCCACCCUCUCUAUUGAUGUUACCUGUGCAGUGUGUGUCCUCUUCCAUCCAUCCCUCUUGCUGUUACCUGUCCAGUGUGUGUCCUCUUCCUCCCAGCUCUCUUAAUGUUACCUUUCCAGUGUGUGUCCUCUUCCUCCCAUCUCUCUUAAUGUUGCCUGUCCAGUGUGUGUCCUCUUCCUCCCAUCCCUAUUGAUGUUACCUGUCCAGUUUGUGUCCUCUUCCACCCAUCCCUCUUGAUGUUACCUGUGCAGUGUGUGUCCUCUUCCACCCAUCCCUCUUGAUGUUACCUGUGCAGUGUGUGUACUCUUCCACCCUCUCUCUUGAUGUUACUUGUGCAGUGUGUGUCCUCUUCCACCCAUCCCUCUUGAUUUUACCUGUGCAGUGUGUGUCCUCUUCCACCCAUCCCUCUUGAUGUUACAUGUGCAAUGUGUGUCCUCUUCCACCCAUCCCUCUUGAUGUUACCUGUCCAGUGUGUGACCUAUUCCACCCAUCCCUAUUGAUGUUACCUGUCCAGUGUGUGUCCUCUUCCAGCCUCUCUCUUGAUAUUACCUGUCCAGGGUGUGUCCUCUUCCUCCCAUUCCUCUUGAUGUUACCUGUCCAGUGUGUGUCCUCUUCCACCCAUCCCUCUUGAUGUUCCCUGUCCAGUGUGUUUCCUCUUCCACCCUCUCUCUUGAUGUUACCUGUGCAGUGUUUGUCCUCUUCCACCCAUCCCUCUUGAUGUUACCUGUCCAGUCUGUGUCCUCUUUCUAUUUACUUCUUGAGGUUCUCUGUCAAGAUUGUACACUUUUUCCUGUGCCCCUCUUUAUAUUCCAUGUCAAGUUUGUGUCCUCUGCCACCUUUCGGGAACCCUGUCAAGUUUUACCCUUUUCCUCUGUACCUCGUGACAGUGUGUGUAUUAUGAGAUUUCUCACCCUCUAGCUUGUUUUGUACUUGUUUUAUCCAUUAUGUUAAUCCCUUCUUUCUGGCUUUCUUAUCUUUUCUGGAAUUCCCCUGUGUUUCCAUUCUUGCACAUUUUCUUGAAACACAAACUGUUACGUGCUUCUGACAUUUCACUGUGUGCUGAUAUCCUACAACUCAGGGUCACAGUGGAUCAGCGUAGUGUUUCCAAGAGUCAUGCAGGCAAGGUUACAGACAGGGAACAGGAAGCAGAGAAAGGCUCUGUCUGGCACAUCUAGGGCACCCCUUGUAUAACAGACAAAGGUAUUCAUUUCCAUUUAGAGGAUACUCUAUAGUUGCUUUCUUAAAAUUACAAAUGUUUUGUUUUUAAUUAGCGUCAUUUGAAAGCAGCCUUUUCUUUCUCAAUUUUUAUUUUUUCAUUUUUUUAUAUUUGUAAUUUUAUUUUAAGCCAAAUGUGUAUAAAACGGAGCAGUCACUACACUGGACGUUAUUGAUCCUCACUGCAGUAAAUGCUACUGUAGUGGAGUCAAAUAUGAAGUCCGAUAUGCGGGACCCCCAUGAGACAAUGACUCCUGGCUAAAAAAUGCAGAAUGAUCUUAUGUACGUUUUGGGUAUUCCUUCCAAGGUGGUGAUGUUUACAGUUUUAAAACUGGAAAGGUUAAAAUAAAGCACAACUCAUAACUACAAUUUAGUAAAAUGUUUUCUCCUGUUGUGUUUUUCUUUCUGUUUUUAAAGCUAUGGAGUGCUGCUGUGGGAACUACUUACAGGGGAAGUACCGUUCCGGGGAAUUGAUGGUCUUGCUGUUGCAUAUGGUGUAGCCAUGAAUAAACUUUCACUUCCCAUCCCCUCCACCUGCCCAGAACCCUUUGUUAGACUCAUGGAAGGUGAGUUGGAAACACUGUCUGGUGUGUUAUGUGAUGAAUACAAAUAUACAUUCUUAAUUGUUUAAAAAUACAUUUUUAAGUAUGCAUGUUGUGAAUACGAUGCUGAUGCUUUACGUAACUGCAAAUUAAGUCGGAAUGACGUAACUGUGCAGGCCUUUUUGGUGUCUUCAGUCUUUACAACAGUACAAGCUUUUCAGAUACCUGGCCGAACACAGGUGUGUUCUCUAUCAAUCAAUGACUGACCUACCUGACACAGAGCACAGCUUCAAACAUUGUGUUGCAUUCCUGUUCAAAGUAUUGAUUCAUAAACGUAUCAAGACUAAUCCGCAGAGGCAGUAUUGUCUUCCCACUGAGUUAUUACUGCAGUGUAUGGUGCUGUUGAUGGCAUAACGAUGUCAAGUAUGCAGAAUUCAAUGUUGUCACUCAGUCUACAUUUUGACUGCUUAACAGAAUUGCCUUCAAAUGUUCUUAUAAUUAAUAGAACAUGUGAAGAACCCAGUCUUCAAGUACCCCUUAAAAGUACAGGAUUUAAGGAUUACCCUGUCGUGUCUAAAAUGUUUUUUUUUUGUUUUUUUUUCUUACUAAAAGCACCUUAGACACAACUCCCUAAAUUCUGGAAUGGUAGAGGGUACUUGAGGACUGGGUUGGGUACCACUGGUCUAGAAUAGAAGUUCUAUCCACAUCCAUCUGUGUGGUUGAAGCAAGGAUUGCAGGUCUUGCAUAGUGUAUCACAUUUCCUGGUAAAACCUACAGAAAAAACCAUAAUUAAAUUAGAAAGUGAAACACUCACCAACUAUUGACUUCUGUGUAAUGCAGGGUAGAUUUUAUAUUAAAAGAGCACUAUAGGUUCAGGAACACAAACAUGUAUUCCUGACCUCGAUAGGGUUAAAACCACCAUCUAGUCACCCUAAGCCCCUCAUGCUACCCUAAAUCUAGAAAUCAUACUUGUAUUCAAGUCUGGAGCUGCUUGCUUUGUCACUGUUUCCUUUAGACCUGCCCACAUUGCCUGCUGACAUCAGCAGAAGUGGUAGCCUGAUCCAAUUACAGUGCUUCCCCAUAGGAUUGGCUGAGACUGACAAAGAGGCAGAUCAGGGGCAGAGCCAGCACAAUUCAAACACAGCCCUGGCCAAUCAGCAUCUCCUCAUAGAGAUGAAUUGAAUCAAUGAAUCUCUAUGAGGAAAUUUCAGUGUCUGCAUGCAGAGGGUGGAGACACUGAAUGUUUGGAUGCAUUUUAGGCAGCCAUGACCCAGGAAGGAUCUCUAACAGCCAUCUGAGGAGUGGCCAGUGCAGUUAUCACUAGGCUGUAAUGUAAACACUGCAUUUUCUCUGAAAAGACAGUGUUUACAGCAAAAAGCCUGAAGGUAAUGAUUCUACUCACCAGAACAAGUUCAAUAAGCUGUAGUUGUUCUGGUAACUAAAGUGUCCCUUUAAAUCAAGUCGAUUUUAAAUCAUGAUUUUUUUUAAAUGUAAAUACUCAUUCUUGCUGGUUAUCAUCUAUAAUAUUCAUAACCAUAACUUUUUUAGAUUAGGUUAACAGCUACAUCAGAACUGAUUUUGUUAUACACCGCAGAGUGCAAAAGACAAGUCACAAGAGAGUGCUGAGAAUGGACAACAGCUCAAUUAGCCUGCCCUUUGGUGGGUCCCCGCUCAGUUCUCAAGCUGGGUUUUAGCUCAUCUUGUGCCAUUACAGCGAGAACCAGGCCAUGCAUCUCAGCCAAAAGGGCAGAACAGAUUCAAAAUACUGGCCAGCUCUCUCUGCACAAGAGAUACAGCAACCCCAGACGAUUGUUUCUACCUUGUUAGGCAUCAUCAGUGAGGUAUAGCCAAUAUCCCUCUAUGCACCAUGAGCAAGGAGUCCACGUCUGGAUUACCCUUUAAGAAUAUGGAGAGCAAAAAACAAGUCGCAAGAGCGUGCUGAGAACGGAAAACAGCUCAAUCAGUGAAAUGUUUCAAACUGUGUCUGUUUUGUUAAAAAUUACUCCUCAUCCAGAAAUCUGUGUGUAUCAUCCUCAAAUAUGUCAGUGAAAAGAUACAAUUAAAGGGACACUAUAGGCACCAAACCACUUCAGCUCAUUUAAGUAGUUGGGGUGCAGUGACCCAGUUCUCUUAACUCUGUAAAGGUAAUUAUUACAGUUUCUGAGAAUUAACUGAGAAAGUUGUCAGUUAGACAUCCACUAGAGGCACUUCCUGGUGGUUAGGCGACUUUUGGUCACCUAACUGAUGCUGGAAGUCCUCACAAAGAGUUGACGUCAAAGAGGAGGAGCGCCAGUCCAGGGACAUCGGUGAUUGAAUCUGGUAAGUACAGUAAGGAGUACAUCUUUGGGGGGAGGGAGGUGGCACAAGGAAGAUAUAGUGCUAGGAAUAUCUUUUUAAAGGAACACCACUAUGCUGUCAGGAAUACACACGUAUUCCUGACAUUAUAGUUCUGAAAAUGCUCUCUAGGUGUCCAGGACCACUUGCCCCUGUUAUUUCCAGCACUGGUCUCCUUGUAUUUGGCACCACCUCCUUGGCUGAGAUCAUCAAACUUGAUCUCAGCCAAUCCAAUGUUUUCCCACAGGACGCUGUGCCAAUCAGCAUCUCCUCAUAGAGAUGCAUUGAAUCAAUUAUAGUCAUCUCUAUGGUGAGCAAUCAGUGGCUCCAUGCAGAGUGUGCAGACACUGAAUGUCAGUGCUGCACACGGCAGCACUGACCCAGGAAGCACCUCUAGUGGCCGUCUGAGUGACUGUCACUAGAGAUGUUACUAGGCAGUAAUAUAAACACUGCUUUUUUUUUUUUUUUUUUUUUUAAAUAGCAGUGUUAAUAUUAAAAGGCCAGCAGGGACAGGCUAUGCACACCAGCUUUAUUGUUCUGGUGACUAUAGUGUCCCUUUAACCAAAUUAUGCUUUCUUCUACACAUUUUGAUGUACACACAUCUGUGUGCUUUCAGAAAGCACCCUCUUAGUCAUAGAGCGCUAAAGGUAUGGUCGCACCCAACAACCCGUUGGCUUUAUGCUGAGAGCAUUGCCUUUGAAUACUUAUGCAUCUCACUGAAAAAGCAUACCUUUAAUGUAUACCUCUGUGCUCAAGGCAGAAUCAGAUAAACCUUGGCUACUAAUUAAUUGCUUGUGCAUGUAUCCGAUUUAACAUCAUGCACCAUUUCUGGAACAGAUGUAACAUUCCGCUCAUGCUGGUCUUCCAGUAACACACUGUUCACCAUUCUAGAUUGGCCAGAGUUAUAUAGGUGUAAGCCUAUUACAUUAUAUUUUAUCUCUUUGUUUACAAUUUGGCUAGCACAAUGUAUUGAUGAUCCUAUAGCCGCCAUAUUAUUUCUGCAUGUCAAGUACGCUUUCCAUGUCAGAGCGUACAGGUAGCUUAGAGAUUUGUGAGAAUGCUAACAUGUUUUUGCCUUCUCCAGAUUGCUGGAAUCCUGACCCUCAUUGUCGUCCCUCCUUUACCAACAUUUUGUUCCAACUCUCCACCAUAGAGGAGUCUGGCUUUUUUGAGAUGCCAGAAGACUCCUUCCAUUCACUGCAGGAUGACUGGAAACAGGAAAUCCAAGAGAUGUUUGGCCAACUAAGAGCCAAGGAAAAGGUAUGAACUAAAUUGUAUUUAUAUUGGAAAUUACAGUGACAAACUAGUAUUUUAAAAUUUGCUUAAUUAAAACAAGAAAGAAGAAAUGUAUCUUCAUAGAUACUCAUGUUCUCUUCUGACAGCUGAUUGUGCUUUAGAUAGGAAUCCUCGAAUGUCUGCUGGACGACAGUCGGUCACUACUAUUGUAGUAAGAGGCUCUCAUUUUAGGGGAUCGAGCUAAGGAUCUCAUCUAUUGAUCCAAUAGUCUACAGGCAGGGAGUGUAACUGGGGUAACCGGCACUGUGCUGCAUAGAGACACCCACCAUACAUAUCUUAAAGCGUAUGACAUUUACUUUUUGCCUAUUUAUCAAUGCAGCCAAGUUGGAAAAAAAGACGCUAUGGGGAUCUUUUAAUACAUGAGUGUGUUGUGUACAAGUGUAAUUUUUUCUCUACUAAACUAUUCACAUGUUUCAUAUUUAGUCCCAAGCGUUUAGUGUUUAUUAAUGAAUGGGCAUCAUGUCAUUGCAAGACAUUUUCUACAAAGACAGUAGAAGGUGCACAAAUUGCUAUCACCCAAGUAACUCUUGGAACUCAAGGUUGGGUUCUGAGAAUGUAAUAAAAGGACUCUCCUGGCACAAACGCCUAUUAUGCAUUUUAACCUAAAUAAAUAGCUGAAGUUUCCAAGCUCUAGUUUAUAUAGUUUUUACUAAAAAAAAAAAUCCCCUAUCAUUUAUUUUGCUGCAUACUGCAUCUAAUCUAUGCCUCCUCUGUCCCACGUCGCUAUACUAAAAUUCUUCCUUCUCACUGCACCUAUGUAUGUAAUAGCACACUUAUUUCCCUCCUAACCUGCAUGCCUUAUUGUAUUUACCCCUUAACUUAAAGCGGAACUGUUAUGCCAAACUUCCCUUUUUCCUACUGUUUCUCUUCCUCUAUCCGAAUUCCUUUCUUUAUUUCUGAUCUAGUUUUCUUUCAAAUAUAAGGCAAAGUAGAGACUACUUUGUCUUAUGUAUUUUUCCUGCACUUCACUUUUUUAGAGCAAAGGAGGAGCUUAAGUCCGCUCCAUUUACUGUGGUCAAAGAAAAUACUCACCCUCCUCCUUGACACUGGAAAUGGAGCUGACUUAAGCUCCUCCUUGUGUCAGAGAAUGUCAGACAUAGGAAAAAUAUAUGACAAAGUAGUCCCUAGAAAACUAGAUCAGAAAUAAAGAAAAGUAGAACAGAUUCUGAGAGCGGAAGAGAGGAGAAAACAAUAGGAGAAAGAUAAGUUCGGUGUGACAGUGCCGCUUUUAAUUGUAUGUUUCAUCAGGAAGUACUGGAAAGCUUUCCGGCAGUUGUAUAUCAGUCUUCACAAGUAGAAGUGUGAUAAUUGAGCUAUAAAUCAUAGAAAUCCCAGCUCUAAGACUGCACACAGAGGUUUAAAAUCUGCUAGUCAGCCACUCUUCUAAAUGCUAUGUAGGCAAACAGGCAGUUUGGUGGAUGAAUAGAUGAUUGAGACACAGAUGCAGGGUCAUAGGAUAUGUAGUACACAUCUGGAAUGCCGAAGGUUUCCUUCCUGCCACAGACCGAAAUCAGCGGUUUCUAAUGUGGCCAAGAUAUUUCCUGGAUUGAACAGAGCUCAAGGCUGCUGAUAUGUUUAAAACUGAUUUUCUUUGAAUGUCUCUUAAAAGUAAACAUCCAAGCACCAUAAUCAUCACAGAGAACUACAGGAGUGGCCUACCCCCGUGGUAAGUAGUCAAACUGGUUUAGAAUGGCUUGACCUUUUACCUGGGGUCCCAUUGGAGCCGGUCCUUGCCUCCACUACCUCUGCCAUAAAGCUAGAAGCUGUGCAGCGCUUAGCUCAUUGGCUGAGAGCAAUCAACUGACCACCUCGGCCAAUGUGUGAAUCUUUCUUGCAGGGCUUAGAUCAACAGAGCUAAUGAAAACUCCUAUGCAGAAGACCAGGGCUGACUGAGUGUCAGACCUGUACUAAAACGGUUUGACUACUUAACAUAAUGUGGGGUUUACCAUUACAACCCCGCUACUAUAAUCUCAACAGCGCUCAGCAGCGGUUAUGGUGCUUUAAAUCAAUUGUUUGAUUUUGUAAAUACAAUAAACUUGGUUUAUGUGGCCUUCAAAGUAAGUAUACAGUGACAGAUUUUAAUUUCCUGACUUGUUUUCCUCACUAGUGUAGCUAACUACCCCAACUGCAGUAGGAAAGCAACAGUGCUGACUUGCAGUAUUUUAUGGAAUUUCACAGGCAGUACCUAGUAUGCACAGGGCAUAAAAUUACCAACCUAAUUAUUUGGGUCACAUUUGGUUUAUAGAAAUUACCUUAUGGGAAAACAUGUAUUAAUUAAAUUUGACUAUUUGCAACCAUUUAAUUUAGUAGGACAGUCAUCCCGGUGGAGUAAAGUAACUUUUAAAUAAUAAAAAAGUUAUUUUUUUAACCCAGGAGCUGCGGAGUUGGGAGGAGGAACUUUCUAGGGCAGCUCUAGAGCAGAAAAAUCAUGAAGAACUUUUACGCAGGCGGGAGCAAGAACUUGCAGAGAGAGAGAUUGACAUAUUGGAACGGGAACUGAACAUAAUCAUCCACCAGCUGUGCCAAGAGAAACCCAAAGUGAAAAAGCGCAAGGGCAAGUUUAAGAGAAGUCGACUGAAAAUGAAGGAUGGCAACAUUAUCAGCCUUCCUUCGGGUGAGUCCUUCCUCACGUAGCUUUUUAUCUCGAGCACAAUUCGUUCACAUAUUGCUCUAUUUCAACGCCUAGAUUUCGUACCAUAAUGUGAUUAUGUGCAUUUAACAGUAAAAGUAAAAAAGACAUUGCUCAUUAACUCAAUGAGCAUGGUAAGCACCACAACCACUACAGCUUGCAACAGUGGCCAGGUGCUACUCUCUAAAGGUCAACAUAGCAAGACUAAAAACUGAAGUGAAAAACUGAAGUGACUUUUUAAAAUUCACAGAAACUCUAACUUUAUUGAAUAGCCCUGUAUGUGUUUUCUCUUUAUUCUCCGGUGUGCACCACAUAACCAUGUCCAUUUUGCACACAUUUUGAGGAAUGGUAGCUUUAAAAAAACUAAACAAGGUUUGUCAAGCAAUGUGCCACACAUUUCCCAUAUAAGCAAAAACAAAGGUGUGUGCAUUUUGUAAGAAUUAUGUUGCUCAUAAAAAAAACAAAAAAAACAUAAGUUUGCUAAUUGCUGAAGGAGACCCUUUGAGAUGGUGCUAGAUGACUUCUUUCCCUUCUCUGAUGUUCUGUGCUUCGCUCUGCAGAUUUCCAACACAAGUUCACAGUGCAAGCUUCCCCAACCAUGGACAAGAGGAAGAGUGUAAUUAACACAAAGUUCAGCCCUCCUGCAAGUCCCACCAUUAUUCCACGACUCAGAGCCAUUCAGUGUAAGUCGCAUGUUGAGAACCACUUCUAAUGUACUUGAUAAAACCACAAAACAUGACCUGUAACUCUGGACAGGAUGCCAUAGAAAAUGUACAUGUUCUUGGUUUAUUUAAGUUUGCUCUUUAAAACUCAGUCAUUGCAUUUCUGUUUAUACAGUUUGUUUUUGCUUUUGUAUUCUAGCAAUUAGUCACAAAUGGAGAACGUUUAAUAUUUAAUAUAGACUAUACUGAAAAAAUGUAGUGUAAAGAUAAAAGCUAAAUUGUGUAUAAUUGUCAUUGUAAUUGCACACUUCUGAUCUGAUUACAGUGGUUUACAAAUGCCUCGGUUAACAUAAUUUUCGGUUUACAAAUGAAAAUUCAUUGAAAAUAAUGCCUCAGUUUACGAUUUUUCCAGUUUCCCCAGGAUGUGUUGCGCCUGUGAGGUUUAUAGCGCCACCCUUGUGCAUGAUGGUGUCUGUGGGUAGCACGGGGAGAUGUUGGAGCUGUUUUUGCAUCGACUUUUAGAGCCAUUCUGGAAUUUUUUUUGCAGCGUUUUUGGGUGCAUUUCUUAAGCAGUGGAAAGCUAGGGAGCUGGACUUUGUCGUUUGCAUGUCUUUUACUGUGUGUUCUGCAUUGUGGGUUGGUUUUCAUGCCAGCUCAUUUUGACUUUUUUAAUUAAUUAAAUUGGUUUUCAGUGCAUUCCUAUGGGAAACAACGUUUCGUUUACAAAUUUUUUGCAAUACAAAACGUCCCAGAGAAUGCAUUAAAUUCGUAAACCAAGGUACCACUGUAUUUGAAAUUUUCCCCAAGCUACCUAUUUUACCAGCCUAGCUACGUUGGUCUAAUGUUGCUGAUCCAUAGUCUGUUACCCAUAAUCAAGUCAGUAAACCCUCCCACUCCCGAAGGAGUAACUGUACUAUUCCAGCCACCAUUUUGAGGCAGGACAAAUUAAAAAUUAGAUUAACUUGCUAAACUAUUUAUUACAGCAAGCGUCGUAUAUAACAAUUCUUUUACAAGCAUUUAUGAAAUUACAUGUGCAAGUGGGGGCAUCCAACCUAAAAUCUUUAGCACACAUUUGACUAAAUGGAAAGGACAAGCAGAUCAUUAUAAGAAAUCUUGAGAGCGAAGAUUGGAUAUCCCUAUUUUCUUACUUUCCCUCUCCACAGUGACACCAGGGGAUUCAAGCAUAUCCAGAAAUCGGAGCACUGGUGGAUUAAAAGAUGAAAGCGAAGAUGAUGAAAAGAAAGAUCCGAAGAAGAAAGUUCGCACCUGGGUGCCGGGAACUCUUGGCAACAAAGAUUAUGUGCCUGUGGAGGACAGGUUAGAACUCAUACAAUACUUUUUAUAUAUUUUGUUGUGUUUGCUCUUCACACACAGGAAAGAGGGGCACAAAGAGGAAUAAGUAUUUAAAACAAGCCUUAAUUUAAGCAAUGCUCAUAAGAAUGUAAAAGAUCAUAUCACUUUAAGGUCACUCCAGGCAUCAUAACCACUACAGCACACUAGCGUUGAUGGUUCAAGGAUUCCACAAGUGCUAUCCACCGGUAAUCUGUCAAACUGUUUAGAAAUGGUCUAACACUUAAACCUUGCUAUUUCAAGUGUCUGCACUCCUUCUGGUUUCAAUUUGUUCGUACCCCAUCAUUGUAGGUUUUGGCAGUACUCCUUGGUUGAGAGCGGUUAGUUGACACUCAUAGCCAGUGAAAACUGUCUAAACCUUCUAUGUGUUGCUAUGAUGUUAUCAUACCAACUCCUAUUGAAAGGGCUGUGGGCUCCUGAGACAGCAAGUUAAAGGAAUACGUUAACCAAAGCAACUUUAGCUUAAUGAAGCAAUUUUAGUGUAUAGAGAGAGAAUUGACUAGUGAGAUUGCAGGGGCGUGAACAGUGCACCAAAACUGCUUAAUUAAGCUAAAGUUGUUUUGGUGACUAUAAUGUCCCUUUAAAUUUGCAACCGCUCCUAAAAGGUAUAACGGAUUACCGUAAGACUGUUCUUGGAGAGUCCUGGCUCCAUAACCUCUACAGCAUCCUCUAUUGGUUAUGGUACCCGGCUUAUGCAUGUUGUAGAUUUUAGCCUCAUUCAUGCCAUAUGUUGCCCAUUUUCAACUCGAUUUUUAAGUUUAAAAAAAAUAAAAUACAAAAAUUGUAGUGCUUUUGCAGCAUAACCCUUCUCUGUUAGACACACUUUCCCUUUUCACAAGACCUCCUCCUGAUUACAAGUACUGUUACUUUUAUCUCUAAUUAAUCCGGCUAAUUACCCAAAUAGAUCCAGCACACUUUUUUCUGUCUCUCUUUUUUUUUUUUACAAAUAAUUAGCACUCCAUUUUUUGAUGUGUGCAGUUUAAUGUAUGCACUUUCUAUGUAUUUUACAUUAUUAUAAGUGCUCUUUAUUAAAAUUUGUGGUCAUUUUAAAUUGUUGCUUAGCAACCUUAAACACUUUGGGCUACCCUGUAUGUGCCUCCUUUUGUGCUAAUAACUUACACACCUAUUUAUAGCACUGUGGUACUGAUUCAUUUGUGGCUUGAGAAAGACCCCUUGGUGGGUUGAAAUAUUGUCUUCACUCCCAAUACAUUUCAGUGCCUAUUAUUAUGGGGGGGGAGGGGGGAGGGGAUAAAUGUAUCUCAUACCAUGACACUGUUUAUUCUGACUGUUUUGCCUCACCUGCUAUAACUGUCGUGGUAUCACAGGCAUGUAUGUUAUCACAUGCACUAUAAAAAUUUAAAAAUUAAAAUUAAAAAAAAAAAAGGUUUAUUUUACGGAGCCAAUACCUCAUAGGCUCCAGACUAUGUGAGUGGUUCUAGUGAUUCACUUUACCAUCCAUUACUGCCAAAGACCAUCUGCACUAUAUAUCUGUUUGUUUCUUCUUUUUAUAUGUACCUUCAAAUAUAUAUUCCUAAGUGUGUUAUUACACUCAAUUGAUGGUGUAAGUGGACCCCGCCAUUAUUAUAUAUUUAUAUAGCGUUCCACUAAUUGGUUUAUAUUCUAUACCAUAUAUUCUUUAAGUAGUUAAGAUUGAUCGUGAAAAUAAGGGUAUUCCACUUUGUGUUGAGCUGCUUUUUGUUUAGGCACUAUAUUGUAUCACUCACUAUCCCUGAAGAGAGAGUAUUCUGUUUUUGUUAAAAAAAAGAAAAUUAAUUCAGGAAAAACAUGAAAAAUGGUUUAAAAUAGAAUAGAUGGGUGGCACCAGUGACAGCGGACACCAUAGCCACUUCAGUGAGAUUAAGCAGUUAGAGUGCCUACUAUCCUUUUAAGUUUGGAAAAAAAAUUAAAUUUUUUUUUUUGAAUAGGGAAGAAAAAAAAAUAGCAUGGAUAUGAGGCCAAAGCCUUCCAUAUGCAUUAAAGUUAUAUUUGGUUACUGCUUUCACAUUAGAAUGGCUUUGUGAUAUACUUGAGUCUUGAGCCUCUUCUUAAAGCGAAAGUGUAAAGCUUGUGGUGGAAUGAGGUCUAAGAUAGCCAAGUAUAUCUGUGGGACCGUGUGCAAUGCCUGUAGUGUGGUACCUGAGGCAGUCACCACCGCGGUGUACUGUCCAUUUUCACUGCAGUCUUUCUGUAUGUUGAAGCUCCUUUGGCCAGUCUGAGUCUGUGUGAUCGUUUAGGGGGGAGAAGGCCACGACUGGGUGUUUACGGCCCACUUCAUAGGCAUGGGUUUCAGUUUGAUGGCGCGUCAGGUGGUAUCAAGCGUUCCCAGGCUCCAGAAAUAAAGCUAGGGAUAGAGCAGUGGUAGUAGCGAUAAAAUCUGCUGUUUGUGUGCGAGUAUGAGUGGCUAAGUCGUUAGAGUGCGUAGGAUUUGAAAUCCGUUAUCUAAGCGAAGGACAAAACGCAACCAGCUAAGAUGGCGGUGGAACUAAAAGUCUGUCAUAUUAUAUUUAUUUUUAAAAUAUUCUUUACUACCUUUAAAUCAGGCCUCCUUUCUCGAGGCAGGGGUACUUAGAUUUUAUUGUUUGUUUGUUUUAGACCUGCAGGGGUACUUCUCAGUAAAAGGUUGUAAGCCACAGAUCUACAGCAGCUAGCAUAGCAGCAAUGUAAUAAUUGUGCACUAAUCUGUUUCAAAUAUAGCAUAAAUAGUACCGUAUAAUGAAAACAAAUGCAGUAAUUUCAGUAACAAACCUUUUAUCACUAAACACAUAUAUUAGAGGGAUGAUGCCCAGCAUUAAAAAGUAGCAUUCAUAUCUAUCCAGCUCAUUUACUUGAUUUAUUAUUGAAGAUGGGUAUUAUAGAGUGAAUUUACAAAUUAGAAGCCAGAACUUCAGAAUUUGUAAAAAAAAAAAAAUUUCUGCUCAGCUAAUUGGAAAUUAAUUUUGCUAAUUGCAAUUCUUCAACAGUUUCCCACAAUUCCAGGGAAGGGGUGGUUCUUUAGCUUUGAAGUGUCACAUGACUGGAUUUUCAUAAAUACCAAAUUUUAAAUAAUAUUGCAGUGCCCUGAAAAAAGAAAACUCACAAUUUAAAUUUAUGCAUGUACAGAGAUUUUAUGUGGGGAAAAAUGUUUAUAUCCAUGGUGUACUGAAAGGUUUAACAACCCCAUCUAUUUCUCCUGUAUGUACACCACCGAACACCGAGCCAGGUGGAAGAAUUGAAAUAGGAUGUGGUUUUUAUUGAGACUAACAGUUAUGCUACAUCUGUAUGAAGGUUCUAAUGAUCUCUUCUCUUUACAAGUGGUAGGGUAUCUGGAGAAGGGUCAAAGUCAUGCUCAUCUACUACAUCAAAUCAUGGGAAAUCCCAGAAAACGUCAGUCAAUCCUAGCUUUACCACUGUGACGGGUAAGAUUUGUCAUGGGUAUAUUUAAGGUACUAAGGCAUGUAGUCUGUGAUUAUUAUAUUUACUUACGUUACAUAAUAAAGACAAAAAGUUAUAAUAGAUUACAUGCAGACAUAUCAGAGGAUGAUUCUAUGGACAACAGGCUCACUUUAAAGUUUACCAUUAAUAUAGAUUGUAAACAUUUUCAGGAUUAACAAAAAAUGAAAACAUCUGUUUAGAAAAAGGAAACAUACUGAUAUGAUACUAGCAGGAGCGUACACAAGUGUGUUAAAUUGUCCUCUAUUAAGAUGUAAUGGGCGUGCUUUUUCCAUUGGUCUGAAACGGAGGUCAGUUUUACGUUAAAAACUAUUCCAGUCGUAUCCUCGUUGCUCUAGACUUCAGACUGUACUUCUAAUCCCUGGUCUAACCUGCAAAAAAUGAAGGGGGAAAAAAUUUUUUACUUUUUUUUGUUAGCACAAUAUAGUUAUAACUGAACUAGCAAAUUCAAAUUAAUGGGAUAUUCCAUUUUAAUAUUUUAGCAAUUAUCUGAAUAAUGUUUUGCAACAUCUUCCCAUCUAACACUCCCUUACCUCAAUACCUUUUCACCACUUCAUAAAAAGAAAAAACAAUAUAGUACAGAAUGGGCAUGCAAAAGUAUUUUUCAGUUUAUACUUUUGUCCCAUAAAAUGUGUUUUACAAUAAGAUUUGAUAUUGAUUUUAAAUACAAGCUAGUGUUGUUGCACUACAAUUGCUGUCAGAGAAUGGAAUGAUGGAGGUUAUAGUACAGAUGGCCCAACUCUAAGCAAGGGAAAAUAGUGGAGCAUGUCUGAAUAUUAAAGAUGUAAAAGGACGCUGCCAUUAUACACUGGGCACCAACAUAACGGGCGUGUAUUUGGUAGAUUUUGUCCUCAUUUAUGGUGGGAGUUUCUUCACAUUCAAAUCUCAUUAGUUUUGAUUUUGCCUUAUUGAACUGUACUUUUAGGCAUGCUCUCUUUUCAAAAAGCAACUUUCUUUUUAGAUUUAUUUUUAGUAUGUACUCAGGAGCUGAGCUGCUGACAAUUCCUAUAGCUAGGGCUUUAUAAACAAACAAAAAGUGAUUUAACUCGUAAAUGGCAGAGAAUUACACAGUGAUGCUGGAAAGGCAUGAAAUAUAAACUAAAACUGUUUUAAUGAGAGAGUACUUGUGGUGUCCCUUUAAUGCUAAGAAUGUAUCCUAUCUGGUAGUUGGAUACUGCACUCAAGUGUAUUCGUACACAGCUUUGCGGAGUGGUCUGCAAGCCCCCCAUUGUAUUUCCAGUAGUAUAGAGCGACAGGCUUCACAGUGAAAACUCAAAUGUGAUUUUAAUGUUUUACCUAUUUGUAAAAGAAGAAACACACCAAUCUCAACAGCUAAAUAUUAGAAUAGUCACUUUAAAUGGUCAAGUUCAUGUCUUAUUGGAAGAUUUCUUAAAGAAUAAUGUAUUGUUUUUACCUCCCCUCCUCUUCUUUGUAUAGAAGCCGAGAAUGUCAUGGACGUGUAUGUGAACCACAUGGACAACAAAGAGUCCCAAACACCUACACCCAACAAGUCCUACCUCUGCAUACCUUUCCAUAAAGGAGGAGAAGAUGUGGAAGGUCCUUUCACUGAUACCAGUAACAAUCCCACUCCUGUGAACUCUGCUACAAGUACCCCACAGCUAACUCCUACAAAUAGCCUCAAGCGUGGAUCUCAGCACAAGAGAUGCUCUUUGGUUCUUCUAGGCUGUGGAGCUCUUCUUGCCACUGUAGGCUUAGGCUUUGACCUCCUAGAAGCAGGCAAGUGCCAAAUAGGCCAAGAAGAACCUGAACCAAAGGAAGAGAAGAAGAAAAAGGAGAGCCUCUUCCAACGAGCUGCCCGUCCCCGGAGAAGUACUAGUCCACCUUCCAAAAAACUAUUCAGGAAAGAGGAGUCUCCAUCCCACCAUGUUGAACCGACCCCCUCACUCACACUGCAGUCCCUGUCUUCCAUUUCUGAAUGUAAUUCCACUCGCUCGUUGCUACGUUCAGAUAGCGAUGAGAUAGUAGUUUAUGAGAUGCCUACUACUCCAGUAGAGGAACAGCCGCCUGUAGUCAGCAAUCCACUGGUCAAUGUUCACAUUGAGACUUUUAAACGCGAUCCUAACCAGUCACUCACACCAACACAUGUGACUGUAAAUUCAAGGGUGCUCCAGGAACACAGGAGGACCCCUUCUGAUGGAGCAAUUAAAGCAGUCCCAGUGAUUGUUAAUGGAACAUCACCCAGCAACUGUACAGCAGCAAGUAAGUCAAGCUCAUGGAUUUCUUCCUUCAAAUGUAUGUUGUAUCCAGGGAUCAAGUCCUGGGGAAAUAAGGGUGGGAAGAGUUCCACCAGCUCAACCUGGUUGAAGGGACUUGUAUUAAAGUUUGCUGGGCUAUUGAGGGAAAUGUCUAUCCCUGCUCUCUCACAAUCACCCUCCACUAUCUGUCACUCAUCCUCCACUGUCUAUCCCUGCUCUCUCACAAUCACCCUCCACUCUCUAUCCCUGCUCUCUCACACUCACCCUCCACUCUCUAUCCCUGCUCUCUCACACUCACCCUCCACUCUCUAUCCCUGCUCUCUCACACUCACCCUCCACUCUCUAUCCCUGCUCUCUCACACUCACCCUCCACUCUCUAUCCCUGCUCUCUCACACUCACCCUCCACUCUCUCACUUUCACACUGUGUAUCUGAGUCCCUCUAAAAAUAUAUAAGAUAUAAUCACUUGUAUAUUAAAUGCAUUCACUUUCCUCGCAUUUGUAUGUAAAAUUUUCCCAUGAUCAGACUAGUUGUCAGGUCUGCUUUAUAUUCAAACUCCUACUAUGUAUUGCAAGACCGUACACGUUGUCUGCAUAUAUGCAGAAAUGUUUUAGUAGGUACAUUUUAUUGAACAACUUUGCUUUUACCAAGCAUUAAAGGGCUUCUCCACCUUCCAUGACCAUUUCUACCAAAGUAUCCAACCUAAAAAAAAGUCAUGCUUCCAGUCCGGCUAACUGAAUUCCUGACACUUCUCAUUUUAGUGAAAUACUCUGUUAAAGACUACAGUGAUAAUGUAUUGACUUAAUGCUUUUAAAAAAAGGUUUUUUUGUAAAAAUACACCGGCUUUGCACUAACUCUGUUCACUGUGUUUGCUAAAAAUGUGAAUUGCUGGGAUUCGAUAUGAAUUUCAACAUUUCAGAGAAGAGUUUAAAAAAAAAAAAAAAAUCCCUUGUGUUUUCAGUUUGUCUAUAUUGUCCUAAAAUGUAACAUUUACAUUAAAUUCCUGUAAUUUAUAGUGUAGUGAAUAACCCUGCCAGUCUUAUAGAGUAUGGUUAAGUGUGGAUAUUUACCUGAUUAAGCCUAGGGUUACAAAACAUAAAAUAAGUUGAAGGUUUAUUUUUUUCAUUUCUUUUAAUUCCUCCCUUUCUGCGUUCAGUUUAUCACUCUCCUAUACAUUUAAUUACCCGCUAUCCCUGGCUGCCUAUUUAACUCAUGUAGUGUAUUUUAAAAGGAACACUCCAAACGUUUUAACUACAACAAAACACUGUAAUGGUUAGGGUGCUAGCAGUGCCUUGGCACCUCUCCCCCUCCCCACCCGUAAUAACCUUGUCUUUCUCCCACCAGUCAGUCAAUUCUUCAACAUAUAUGCUAUGCCAAAUAAUUGACUGACAGGGAGAAUGCUUGAUUAUUGGAAAGCAAUGGAUGAUUAAACUGUUAGGAGACUAUAGCGUUAGGAAUAGGUUUUUGUAUUUCUAACGCUAUAGAGAGCCUUUGAAAAGUUUAGCAACUUUUUGAUUUCUUACUGGGCGCUGCUCUUACACAGCUACUCACUGCUGUAAGCUCCCUUCAUUGAAGCUAAGCCUGGCGGUACUGGGUGUAGCUCCUUUUCAGCCAUUGAGCUAGUGCUGCACUGCAUGUUAUUGCUCAGGAGAACUAACGGACCAUAAUAAAUGCUGAAAGUUAUGUUGAAGUUUGAUACGAAAUCAUUAUAACUCCUUAAAGGGUAUCUGUUACUGUACCUGCAAGUUAUGCUGUUUUGAAAAGGCGUGAAAUGAUCUAUAUAUUGUGCUAGCAGAUUAGCUGGCAUAUGUACAGAUUGGGAGAAAAACCUAUUCAAAAAUAGGCCCUUCUCCCACCUGUCAGUCAAUUCUUAGACAUACAGGCUAUGCCAAAUAAGUGACUGACGAGCAGCGGAUGAAACCUCCCACAAACAGUCCUUCUGUUCUCCAGAUAGAGCAAUCACUGCACAUGUGCUAUCAUUGCUAUGGUAAUUCCUUAGCAGACACUACUACUACACAUGUCAGCAUACAAGGAGGUUUGCCCUGCAUGGUGAAAAUGUCCUCAAGCAGGGCAAAUGAAAAAUCACUGCGGGAGGACCUAGGAUGGAGACAGAGGUAGGUACUACAGAAGACUAACACGCACCUCGGUGAGGACGUGGUGGCAAUGGAUUGGAGGUAUGAUAAAUUAAUAUUUUAUAUUGGAAACAUCAUGAAUGUAUCACUAUUGGCAGGGAGACCUGAUCGCAGUGGGCCUCCCUCUUUAAGAGGUCUUUGAAUAAUAUUUUGUUCAUAUCAUUAUGCAGAUAAUAUAUGUAGUGCAUUCUAAAUAAAGCAGCUGCUUGGUCAAUAACCGCAUAUGCAUAUAAAAUCUAUGUAUAGACAAAAAAAAAAAAAAGCCAAACUCAAAGGAAAUAAAAUCCUCCAAGUUGGUUGUGUCUAUUUCAAUCAUUUUUGCCGAAAAAUGUGCCUUUGGUGUUGGUCAGUUGGCAUGCACCAAAAAAGAGCAAACUAGGUGGACUAGAUUUUCUGUAAUGAGGGAUUCUUCAGGAAUAACCAAAUAAAUAAUUAUGCUUUGUUUUCUUUGUCCAGAUACAAUAUCGCCUAGCAGAGACCCUCAAGAAUUUCCACGCCUUCCUGACCCAAAUCUAGUCUUCCCUCCUACCCCGCGACGCUGGAAUUCACAACAAGACUCUGCUCUAGAAAGACCUAAAACACUGGAGUUUGUUCCAAGACCUCGGCCUUCUACAAACAGGCAAAGAUUUGACUCUUGGUGGUUUGUGUCACCAAGUAAGAACCGCAGCGAUUCUCCUGCUUACAGCUCAUGCACUGAAACCCCAAGCAACCUGGACUCUUGCUUUGCCAGCAGCAGUGGGAGCACUGUAGAAGAAAGACCAGGUUGUUCCGGCUUUAUCCCACUGCAGGUGGCAACCCCAAUGGUUGAACGGACACUACUGGAUGUGGAUGUAGAAGGUCAAAGUCAAGAUAGCACUGUUCCUCUAUGCAGAACCAAACUUAAAAACUACAAACCUGCAGCCUGUGAACAAAAACAGGAGUUCUGGUCUUAAAAGGGCAUGCCAAAUGUGAUCAAAAGGAAACAAAAUGCAGCCACAACCCUUGCACUGAAUGCACUUUGAUGAUUAAAGAAAUCACUGGAAGGCAAUAUACAAUGUAGUUCUUAUGCUGCUCACUCUAAUUCUUAAAUACAAUUUGUCGUUUCUUGGAGAUGGGUUAGAAUCUCCAACCAUUUACCAUUUAGAAGCUAGAAUAACUCAUUCAUCUGGAUUAAGAGAAUUUUAUGUUACACAACCAGAUCUAGUCCGGAUUUCUAUGUUUUCACUUUUAUUUUAUUUUUUUUAAAUAUGUAUUCAUGUUAUCUUUUUCUCCUAGAAUUUUCAGAACCAAUUUAUUUUGUCAGCUGAUGACAUCAUAGCAGCAGCUCUCUAAGCUUUUUAAUUCAAUUUCACCAGCUGCAGCCAUUGUGCUCGUCUUGACUACUCUCUGGAAUAUGCAAAUGGAAUGCAUGGCAUGAUCCCAUUUCAUUGAAUUAAGAUUAUAUAUAUAUAAAAAAUUUUUUUGCUAACUACAGAAUAAGUUGCUAACACUGGUGACUAGGUUUCCUAGUCAAAGUCCUGCCCACCGAUUUCCCCUUGUUGUAAUUAUGUCAAAUUCAAUUAUGAAUUCUACACUGGACCCACCCCUAAACAGGCAUUAAUAGAAUGAAGUGAUGUGUAGGAGGACUCGGCUGCUCUAAAUCUAAUCUCAAACCUGUUUCUCCGAUCCACAGUCAUGCCGUUGUUUUCAUUGUCUGUAGUGUUCAGACUGGGAUUAUAGAAUUGCCUAUAAAAUGGCAACUCCUCAGUAUCUUUAAUUAAUCUACAUAUCUGCAUGGAUAUAUUAAAAUACCAAACCAUCUUUAAUUGCCUCAGGGCCAAUUAAACCAUGAAGCUGAUGGAAGUACUUCCACUGCAUGAUUAUCAAUGUUAGAAGUGUUAUAUGGAUAAUACGGGAUUGCUAUAUAUGGAAUAGACUUCUACUAAUCCUGUAUUACACAUGUACACUUUGCCUCCACAAAGUCUUACAUUUCUAGGUGUGAGAUAUUUGUGGCCGCAGGGGCGAUUUCCUUUCAGCCAUUGGUUUUACUUUAUAAUGAGCCAUUUUGCCUGCAAACUUAGAAUGAAAUUUUAACCCUUUUAGCUUUCAUAUGUCUUGAUGUUUGUGUGAAAUAUGUUCCCCUGAAAGAUGCAAUUGUAAUUUUUUAUUUUUACUUGAUUAUGUUUUUCCUUUAAGAAAAAAAAAUUGCAGAGUAUUGAAUGAAUGCUACUGAUAAGCCAGGGCGAUUCAAAUAUUUUGGAUGUCCUGUUACCUGGUCUGUCCUGUAAAAUUAAAUUUAAAAAAAAAAAGACAAAUUUGCCGCAUUAAUACAAGAUAGGUCAAAAUUCACCUGUAAGAUUAAUGUCACUGUGAAUGUUAUUUAAAGCAAUGGGUGUACCUAUAACAUGUUGCCUUUUAACCAUGAAUAUAAGAUAUUGGGGUGGUUCCUCAGUUUUGACUUACCCCAUAUAAUCCCUCAGUCCCAACACGUUUAAAUGGUAAAAAAACAAAAUUAUGAAGGGGAAAUUGCAGAUAUUCUUUAGAAAACAAUAUACAUACUUCAGUGCUCUCCUGCUAAUUUCCAGAUUGUGUCAUCUUACCGAUCGUGAUGUAAUUUCACAAAAUGUAAGCUAUUGAUAAAAUUCAAGGUUGAAUAAGCAAUAGCAUUCGAUGAACAGACAUCGCAUGUGAAUGACCAACCCGAAUCAAGAAAAGAGGUAUAAUUAAGGAUAUUUUCUAUUCUAUACCGUUCAUAGGAUCCGUUGUCCAAGUGAACAUUCAUAUGCUUGCCAAGAAUGAAUUUGCAUCUCAUGUGCCCUAAACGUAAUGUCUUGUUAUGUGCUUAUUGAUAAGCGUUUGUGUCAGAAUUGCAUUUCUAGAAAUCCAGAAUGUAUAGUUAAAUAAGAGAGAACAUUUAUUCAGACAUCCCUUGUUAUCUAUGCACAGUAAUUUAGUGUUAACUUUAGAACUAGGGCUUGGUGGGAGGGGAGGGGGUGGGGGUAAAAAUGUAUUUGUUUUUUCCAACAAUGCUGUAUCAAUCAUACAUGAGUGGUCCUACUCUUUUAUUGAGUUUUAGGUUACCCCAUUGAACAGGAGAUAAUGUCGGAAAGAAAGGUCUUACUUAUCUCGUGGAAGGUUAUUUUAUUUUGACAUCCUUUCAAUCUUAGUAGUUUACGCCAUUACCAAUACUCCUAUGUGUGCCCUUUCUAUGCUUCUUUAUAUUCAAAUAAUAUUUUCCGGUUAUGUAGACUUGUUUGGUGACCAAAAUAGUCAAUCAAUAGUUAUGAAGUGGAAAUAAUUGCAAUUUUAAAGGCCAGAACAUUCCAUUAGACAGUUGGCAUCACCAUUAUGACAUUUACAAUAAAGACAACUAAAUACUUUUGUAAUGUAAUUUACCUUUCGGACCAAUCACAAGUAUUUUUGUGGGUGGUUUUUUGACUUUGGUUUUGUUUGUACUACAUGUCCUGUUUAUAUACCCAUUCCUUUAACAUCGUAGUUAUUCUUAUACUUUUGUGCACUGAAAUAAAUAAGGUGUUGAUCACUAGUAAGCCUUUGAUCCAUGGAUCUGAAACGAGUACAAGUGUGCAGAACUACACUGCUUCUUUUUGUGAGUCCUGGAAUAAACGUUUGUUGUGUUUUCUCCCCAUUUUAGAAUUGAUUGCAUUCUGGAUUGUUGUUACUUUAAAGAGACUAGAAAUUUGUUCAAUAAGGUAUCUCAAACUGACCCUCCCAGAUGCUGCUGGACUACUCCCUGGCCAUUAUUGCUUUCAAAUAGGUCUGGGAAUUGUAGGCUAUUAAUAUCUGUGGGGCCAGAGCUUGAUAUUAAACUGGUGGAUAGUACCAGAGCACUCACAGGGAACUCUAACUGGUUUGCCAUAAACUUGGUCUCUUCACAGUGCCCAAAGACCUUCCCCAUUCAAAGGUGACUGGUGAAAAGUGGUCUGGGCAUGUUAGCUAGGCACUCUUAGACAAACACCAUUGGGGUUGGACAUAAUUGAUAACAAAGCAGAAGUAUUAAUUCCACAUUAUCAAUACAGCUAGGUUUUCUCAGCAAAUUAACUAACCCCUGCACUGCUGGGUGUAGGUCAGUGAGAGAUCUUCAAGCUCUCAUUGAGCAUUGGUGGAGAUGGUAAGCUGCCCCCAGUGGACCACAGGUAAGAAGUCAAACUGUUCUAAAAAUGGUUUGACUCUUUACAAUGAGGGAAGGCAGGGCACCUCUGACACCAUAACAACUACAGUUAGAGCCAGGGAGGAUCUUUCCUGUUUCUAUUAGGUGCCCUGAGCUAAUGGAAGUGGCAGGCGUGCUCUACUACUCCCCCUGUAUUCCUGUGUGUUCUCAGCGUUCUUUCCCGCACACAUGCAUGGGAAGAUAGCUUCUGAUUAGUUAUUUCCCUGUAAAGCAACUUAGUCUCUUCCUGAGAAAAAGGAGAGGACUUGCAAAGCUGCAUUUCAUAAGAACUGUGGUUUUUGCAAGCUCUUAUAAGAUAUACCGCAGUAUAUACAUGCAUGAAAAAUGCGUGCAUGCAUGUAUUCACAGGGGGUUUGUCUGCUAUACAGUAUUUCUCCAACCUCAUGUUUUUGACUGUGGAGUGGUCCCUGAAGUUAAACAUGGCUUUUUUUUGGACAGUUUGUGGGGUUUUACUCAUAGCGGAUUGGGGUUACAAUAGGUUUUGCAGGUCCUAUUUUCCAAGACACAUAUCUAUUUUUCCACCCAGUUUGUAACGUCCUACGGUAUGCUUAUAUCCUGCAUUAUUCGAUUUAGAUUUAAGAAUAUGACUAAGUACAGCAUAUGAUUUGUACAUACUGCAAUCACAAAUCAGUCAAAUUCCAGGUAAUAAUAAUUAAAUAAUACAUUGAUUCACCCGUAGCAUUAAAGUUAACAACCUCCUUUGUUCCACCCCCUUAAGAUUAGUCGAAUUAUAACAGUAUUAGAUUUGAGUGAAAAUGCAGGUUUUUUUUGUGUGUAAUAACCCAGAACAAUAGAUUUAUUCAAUUUAAUGUAUUUUAAUGCUUUGUAAUUGUAUUAGUGUAUAGAGCCUACCAAUAAAUGACAGUGUAGGGGUGUAAAAUAAUUGUGGCUCAUAAAUACAUUCUGUAACUCCAUAAUCCCUCUACUUUCAGAUUAUUUGCUCUCCCUACUUUGAAAAUAUGUUCUGUCGUAAAGGAUUUAAAGGUUGGCUAAUUAAGAACAAAAAUGCCACACAGUGAAGGGGUGGGUGCUUUGCCAAAUUUGGGGAUUAUGAGUACUGUUUUUUUUUUUUUUUUUUAAGAGUACGGUGCUUUUAAAAUGAAGUAGAGCACUGCUACCACUUAGUGGGACGGCACAGAUUUUAAUGGAUUUGGAAAAUAACCAACAAUUACAUUAUUAAUAAGUUAAGUGCCAUAAUAGCCAAUUAAAUCCACACCCAGGUUAAAGGCAGCUAGCGAUAUAUAUUCCUGAGACUGAGCCAAACAAUUGGAAGGACAGAAAAGAAACGCUGAAACCAAUUAAAAAGUUUUAGGAGGAAAAUAUUAAGAAUGUGAAUCACGAAAAACUGUCCUGAGUAGUUUAAACCUUUUAACAUAUACUUAGGGAUUAAAGCAAAGCCUAUUAUUUUUUGUUAUUGUGACUGCAGAAGUCUGUAAAAAGCUGAAUAUAAUUUUAGGGUAAUAGAAAGCAUGAUUUUUUUCUUCUGGUUUUAUAUUUCUGUUUUACCAUUAUCAAGUAUUUUAUAAAUAAAAUGAUAUCCGUGUAUUUCUACAAUGCAGUAACUGUAUAUACAUUAACUUACAGCUUCUACUACUUAUAGUAAGAUUCUGUAGAAGACCCAUAUCCUCCCGAUUUCCACCUUAAAGAGACACUCCAUACCCUAAAGAACUUUUGCUUGCUGAAAUGCUUUAUGUGUCAAGAGUGUGUCCCCUUUGUUUUAAUUUUGCAAAAAGUGCAGAUUUCUAUAGAAAUGUACACUUUUAUAAUUUAACCUGGUUACACCUCUUUGGCUUUCAAGCAGAUAACAGGCCAUGUUACUUCCUGGUUGUAGAGCUAAACUCAAGAGGCAGCAAUUUCCCAGAGCACCUGCCUUGCAGAUACCUCACGUUGAGCUGCAAUGGGAAGUCUGUGAUUGGACAGCCACAGAAAGUCUGGGUGGGGUUAGAAGGGGAGGGUUUGCAAAGGCUGCAGACAAGAGAAAUAAAGGUUUUGCCAUUGUCUUUAGAUUUAACUCCAGAGAAAAAAAAUACAUAAUUAAAUGCAUGCACGUUUUCACUUGGGGUAUAUCUACUGAAAAGGGAUUUUCUAUUUAUUUGGGCAGUAUUGUUUCCAUUUAACCUAACUACUGUAUGUACACUGGGUGUGCAGGAGACUGCUUUGUUUAAAUACUCUAGUGUAGCAAGAGAAGAGGGUAAUGUCAGUUUUGGUUUUUAAGAAUGUUCUACAUUGGGUUUUGCCAUAGCAUGGGAAAUUUUUAUAUAGAUAUUGCCAAUCCAAUCAGUAGCACCCCAUUAUGUCAAAUAACUACAGGGAAGUUCAUAUUUAGAUUACUCCAAAUCGGCAAAACCAUAGGGGCCUGAUGUUUAUGCACACCCACCCUUAGUUACUCAGUGACUGUAGACCGGCAAUAUCUAGAGCCAAACCAGUGAGUUCUCCAUUUUUAAAAUCGGCCUGUAAGUUGUGUCUUUAUAGGAAUAAUGCCGUGUUUGCCAGUCCCUGGGAAUUAUGAUCUAUAUGUAUAAGUGAUUGGCUUGUAAUUUGCAGUCAGGGGGUGUUGGCCUGCCCCCUUGACUUUAAAAGCCAACACUUAUACAUUAAUUCACUGAACACCUAAUUGUAUGGAACUGAAAACCAAAUUUCACAUUUAAUGCUAGAAUAAACAGUGACUGCAACAGAAUAAUGUUUAUCAACAAAUAUGACAAAUUGCUUUUCCUUCACUAUAACGUGGUGGUUGGUAAGAACUAUCUAUUGCAUUCAGGGUUUAUUCACUAAACACAAGUCUAGUGCCAUAGCUACCUCGCUCAAUGCCAUCUGUUAGCAGUUCAUACUCUGUAUAAACACUAUCCCAUAGCACUUAGACGUGAUGCCAUUCACCGGUAUUUUAAAAGCUGUAUUCAUAUUGCCACAUCCUUAGAGUUUCCAUCUUCCUACAGCUCUAAAUGCACGUUCAGGAUAUCAGAUGUUUGAGACAUAUCAGUAUUUUAUAGCCUCAAUUAGGGGCCUGCUAAUAGUGUAUGGCCAAAAAAGUGGAAAUGUUUUAAAUUAUGGGAGAUAUUAGUUCCACAAUGUCUGAAGCCUAACACGUUUUCUACCUUGAUCUCAGUAAUAAGCUUCCAUACAGCACAGUGUUUGCAUGUCAUAAACGUAAGGAUGAGCUGAGCAAACAGCUCAAAGUACUUGUCUGAAACAGUCUUAAAAAUAUUUACCUUGUGCAGCAAAGGGAUUUACCCAACGUACGUUGCUUAACACCUUAAGCAUUAACAACAGCAUCUUGUAUUUUCACAAUUUACUUCUUAUACUUUUGGACACAAGACAUUAAUGCUGAAAGGUUCUAUCAAUGAGUCAAACCUGCAUUACUGGAAUGGGGUCUAUAAAAAGCCAGUAGUGGUUUGAAAGGACACACCAGGCACCAAUACUAGUUUAAUGCAUUUGAUAGGUUUUGGCCUCAAUAAUAUGCUUUUUUUAUUUUUGCAUGCCCAAGUCUUAGUUUUUGUUUAAAAUAAAUAAAAUGUUUUGCAGAAUGCUGUACCAUAAGCUUUGGCUUUAAUAAUAUGCUGUAUUUUUUAUGCUCAAAUACCUCCUCCAGAAAAAUACUUCUUUAUCAUAUGUAUGUACACAGCUCAGCCACUGACCGCACUGAUUGAUCUGACCAACAGAAGAGCCUGCGUUAGAUGGAGAGGACACCCAGGGAUGCAUGUAGUAAGGAUAUUACUACCUGUUUGUAGUUUCUCUGACUGUUUGCAGUCAGUCUGUGAAUAGAAAAUUAGCUCACGCAGUGCUGUAGGGGCCGAGCUAUAUGCAUACAUUUGAUAAGGAAGAAUUUUUCUAGAGUGAGGGGGUGUGGCUAAGGAGGCAGGCUUAUGGUGCAGCACUGUUCAAAAACAUUUAUUUUAUGCAUAAACUAUAAGGAUUAGAGCUUGCAAAAAAUACUGCAUAUCACUGAGACCAAAAUCUAUCAAAAGGAUAUCUAUUAAAGUUGUAUUGGUGCCUAGAGUGUCCCUUUAAGUUAAUAUUAAUAUAAAACACAUAUAGAACAGAAUGGAGUUGUGGUGUUAGUCUAUGUAUUAUCAGAUCGCACACCAGAAUCUGAAUAUUGCCUUUUUAUUUUCUUUCAUCUCAUUUAAUUUAACUAUUGGGGGCCAUUUAUUUAGUUCCUUAAUUCCAAACUAGCACAUCUUUUGUUUUCUGAUUUGACAAAGUAGCAACAAAACCCGAAAACUGUGAGGGUAUAUACUUGGCCACUUUCUGCAAGUCAAGCCGUAUUGAUUUUGAAAUGCUCUUUAUAUGGACUCUAGUUGCCAUCCACUUGGCCAAAAUAACUCAAGUCAUUAAGGUGUUUCUUCUCUUCCCCGUUUCUUAUACUCUCUUUAAAAUGUAAGGAUUGUGUUAGGAGUAAAAUACUACCAUGCAAUCCUAGAACUUGCCAAAGAGUGCCAUUUUAUAUAUUACUGAUGCAUUAUACACUAGAUUGCAAUGAUGGGGUAAUAAUUGUUAAAUAAUUACUUAAACAAGAGAUAAAGAACCUUAACUUUUAACCCCUUAAGUACACAUGACGGAAAUAUUCCGUCAUGAUACCCUUUUAUUCCAAAAGUUGUCCUUAAGGGGUUAAAAGGUUUGCCCAUUGUUGGUCUGUGUUAAAAAUAAACAUUUAACUGGAAAUUGUCAUUGUAAAGAGCUUUACGUUCCAGUUUACAAAAUUCAAACAAAUGUAUAGAAUAUUCUUCAGUUUACUUCUCUGUUGUGUUUUAUGUUUAAUUUCAAGAGUGCCUCCGCUCACAGUGUAGUGAUAAAUAGAGGUUUAUUCGGCCACUCUGUGUUUGAUGGCUGAAUGGACCACCAUGUACCACUACGCUGUGUUUUGGGUCCCACUAGGCAGCCGUGGCUAAAGCCCCUGAUUCUGGUUUUAUCUGCAGGUGAAUCAGAUUAGCGCUACAGAGCUAAGCAGGGCCAUAGAAGACCACGCUCACUGUUUGAGAGUGUCAUCUGAGUCCUCAGUCUAAUGGACUAGAUGUUCUUUAUUUUCUAUAGAGACAUUGGGCUUCUCCUGCGGAAAAAGUCCAGAUGUGUGGUAGGUGUCUGGUGGACUAAAAUUUAAUUGUCAAUUGUACAAAAACUGACUGCUUAUCAUGGUAACGCUUAACUAAUUAACUUCCACACAGUGUUUGUGAAAGGUCCAUGGAAUCAACCCCCCUGCAAAGUUGGCCUCCCCCACUAUGCAUGCACACUAUUAAUUUGACAUGUCACUCAGUUCUGUAGUUAAGUGCUACAAGAAUAGUCACAGCAUCUACAGUGUGUGCUGUAGUGGCUGUGAUAAGCAAAAUACCAGCCUGCAGGAGGUUCUCCUACUCUACCCAUCAUUCAUUUGUUGGCAUAAAUCUUUAUGCUGUCAAUUUGAUAGGUAAUACAUUUUUAAAUAACUUAAGAUCUCUACAUUUGCUAACAUUUCAGUAUGGAUUUUUAUCUUUUUGUUAGAGCAUAAGUGUACCCAGGGCAGGGCCAUUUUGAGCCUAAAGCAGACAAAGUCUGUAAAAGUAUCUUGUUCAGUUAUAGAGCUAGCUAAACAGCUUUUCAAGUGGGGGGUAAAAAAAAUAACCAGCUCAUUUGUUUGCAAAUAUAAGAGUCAGUACAUUGUAUAGUUAUAAAUAUACCAUGGGUAACAAGCUACAUUUAAAUUGUAUUUUAAUUUUGAACAGUAAGAAAAAUACAGAAACUAUGAGGCCAAAAUUUAUAUAAUACACUUAAAAGGACACUGAGCACCAACUUAAGUAGAUCUUAAGUAGACAUAUCCCAAGUAGACCAUUUUAUAAGUACUUGAAGAAAUUGACCUUUUGCUCUGUAACCUAGUGGGCUACCCGCAAUACUCCAAAGGAAGGUUGUGGAAGCAAAAACAGUAGGUUUUGGUUUGCUACCUCUAUCAUGCAGAGAUCUUUUCUGGUAAUUGGGAUCUGCAUUGACCUUAUGGUGGGACUGGUCUACACUCACUUCUAAUGGGCACUACCCUAGUUUCCCCAACUGGGCAGUAUUCAGAGGCCAAGUUAUGAGACUUUGGUUGUCAAGCCUUUUAGACUGUCCCAUAUCUAGUGGCUCUUAAAUAUUUGACUCUGGCUCUGGCCUGACUUUUCUUUUACAUAACUAUUUAAAACAACAUUCUGUUUAAAGGUAUUUUGUUUUUCUUACAAACCUGGUAGAUUUAACUUGGUAUUUUCUUCACCACUCCUGUUGUGAUUCCCAUGCUAAAUUUAAAUACCCAGUAGUCAAUGUAGUGGUGUGCAGUGUUCUAAUUAUCUACUGAUGUAGCUUUUCACAAUUAAAAAAAAAAAUGCUAAGCACAUCAGAAAAAAAGUCGGUGUAAGGGGUAAUGGCUUUUUAAUGCUGUUUGAUGGAGCAAUUUCAAAGUGAUAAUAGAUUCACUUAAAAAAUAAAAUAAAUAAAAAAAUUUACUAAACGCUUGUAAAAAUAGCAAGUUGCUUUGUACAUGAUAGGUUUACUGUAAGUGCUUCCUCAUUUGUCUGUUCUAACCACAGACAUGUAUUCUUAAUUUUUGAUUGACAGACACGACCAAAACAGUCUGAUUUUAGUUCAUGGGAAUUUUGUUCAUUUAAAAAUAACACAUGAAUGAAAAGCGAAUACUGUCACUAGUCAAUAGUGUAAUGACCCCCCCUCCCUCUGCUUUUGUAAGAGUGUACACACACACACACACAUGUUUUUUUCCCUAAAAUUCCAGAAUGAGCGCAUCGGACCUCUUUGGAAAGGGAAUAAAAUUAUGGGCCAUUUGAUCGUGCAAAUUCUACUGUUUUUCAUUUCCCAUUUUAUGUGAGUACAUUUUGUGUAUAUAACCUUUUUUUUUAAAUUAAAUUAUUGUAUGUUUAUUCUAUUUAAAUUGGAGCCAGAAGCUAAUGGGAUUCAUUUUUAUUUUGGUUUGUAUGUUAUUGUUAAAAAUGAAGAUUACCAAGCCGGCUUGGUGCAACUGGAAUCACAUAUAUAUAUAUACACACAUAUAUAUGAGCUGCCCUAGGCCUGGUCUGACUAUUAGAGCACACAGACCGUAAAUAAAAU